AUGAGUAGAAAAGUCGCAGCAAGAUUUGGUCGAAGAGGCGGCUCUGUUGAUGGAAAAGCUAAAGACAAUUACAGAAUAAAAUUUGACCUAUCUACAGAUUUGUCGCCUCUCUUUAAUUGGAACACAAAGCAGGUGUUCGUAUAUCUAACUGCUGAAUACGAUGGGAAACGAGAAGAUAUUAACAAUAGGGUUACCUUUUGGGACUCGAUUAUUAAAUCCAAAGAGGACGCAGUUCUGGACCUGAAAAAUGUUCGAGGUUCAUAUAGUGUUUAUGACGUCGGCAGUUCCCUUGAAAACAAGAAUGCCACUAUUCGUUUAGAAUGGAACGUUCAGCCCCAUGUGGGAUUUUUGAUAUUUGGGGAGACUGUUGCAACUGAAGAUGGCAGUUUUAUUUUCCCUGCUUUAACGUGA